GAAGCGCGCGUCUGGUAUGAGGUUUACGCUGUAGGAUGAAAGAGGCAGCAGCGUUUCGCGAAGAGAUGAGGUGACCAAAUAACACAUCUGAAAUUAUUUUAGCAAACGUCGCAAUAGUUUUAAAAAGCACCGACGCGUGUUAGUUUAGACGAGGACACUGUUUAAGGAUCAAGUGCCAAAUGCCAGGACUAGAAGACCAUUGUUGGACCUGCUCCUGUUCAACCAGUGUGAAGUCGAAUGACCUGUCGAGCGCCAGCUGGAUUGUUUGUAAAACGGGUGAAAUGAUGUCAAUCAUAACCUCAGUGCUUGGCCAUGCAUACGGCACUGUGCACAGUCUAAAUUCUGCUAAUUUAAUUCGACGGGGGCUUGUGUUGUUUAUUGUCGGAGUAGUUCUCGCCUUGGUGUUAAACUUACUACAGAUCCAGAGAAACGUUACAUUGUUCCCAGAGGAAGUGCUGGACACUUUGUUUUCGUCCGCCUGGUGGAUUCCGAUCUGCUGUGGAACUGCUGCUGCUGUUGUUGGUCUGUUGUAUCCCUGCUUGGACAGCCACCUUGGAGAGCCACACAAGUUUAAGCGGGAGUGGGCAAGCGUGAUGCGCUGCAUUGCCGUUUUUGUGGGCAUUAAUCACGCCAGUGCUAAACUGGACUUUGCCAAUAAUGUGCAGCUUUCACUAACUCUGGCUGCCCUGUCUCUGGGCCUGUGGUGGACAUUUGACCGUUCCAGGAGUGGUUUUGGCCUGGGGUUGACCACUGCCCUGCUAGCCACACUCAUUGCUCAGCUGCUGGUCUACAACGGUAUCUACCAGUAUACAUCUCCAGACUUCUUGUAUGUACGCUCGUGGUUGCCUUGUAUAUUCUUCUCUGGUGGAGUGACCGUAGGGAAUAUCGGGAGACAGCUGGCUAUGGGCUCAACUGAGAAGCCACAUAAUGACUAAGCAGAUGUUGGAGGUCAUGAAGUGAGCUUAGUAGAGUGCCAAAAUGGAGGGCCUGUGAACUGAGACACUAUAUUGGGUGUACCUGGAUACAAAGACGUUUCUGUCCAAGCAUAACUUCUGCUCUUAAUUUUGCUCCUCUUUAUAAUGUAAAAGAACCUGAAGAGUGGGCUGGUCUGAGCUGACCCAGUGUGCCAUGAACAGCACCUCCGAACCGCCAAAAGAACCCCUGUGGCAUUCAUUACUACUAUAAGCAUUGUCAAUGUUACAACAGCUCAUUGCAGUAGUGUUACUGGUAGCAUCAGUCUCCUUAUUACUAGGUUGCUGGUGUGCUGACUGUACAAACUCAUAGCUAGUUUCACUUCUGAAAUCGAAAGAGUGAAAAGUAGAGGUGAAGCUUUGUGUAUACAAAUAGGUGUGUGUGUUAGUACUGGUCCUAUGGAUAAGACCAAGGAGAAAAGGGUGGUGCCGAAGUGCACACUUUAUUGUGUUUUACUUUUGCCGGAGAACUGUAUGAUAAAUGAAAGGGAAAAAUUAAAGGCUGUGCAAAAUACGUAAAAUAUCCAAAGAGGUCCAUGUACUGUCAAUAUAGGAUUUGUUUGAAUUACAUUUUUUAAUUUUUUUUGACAACAUUUGUAGCACUGCGAGGCUACCAUACAGACUGACCAACCACUCUGAGUACUACUAUGAGUACCAGAGAGGUUUGAUUGCCAAUCACGUUUGUGCCGACUGGUUUGUGUAGUCUAUUGACUGAAUGGAUUGUUUUUAUCAUACCUUUGAAUAUUUGUUGCUAACACAGACCAGAAGUAAACCUAGAAACAUGAAUUAUAAAGUGGCACCUUGAAAUAAGAAUCAAACGUAAGUUAAAACAUCAAGGUUGCUCAUUUCUAUUAAUUUAAACUCACUGAAUCAUUUUGAAAUGGUCAGAUGAAUUUUAAAGGUUUCUAAAUUAAACCAAUUAAAUGGUUUGGAAACUUGGGAUAACUGAGUGUCCAAGAAAACAUACUUUAUAACAGCGGCCUCAAACUUUUGCAAUCUGUGAUUGCCUAUGUAUUAUAGAAUUGGGUGCUUUUUUCAGUACACUUGUCUUUUUUUUUUUGUACUUCAUUGUGUAUUGCUUAUCACAUGUAGACAUUUCUAUAUCUAACCUAAGAUGUAUUAUUUGGCUAGUGCGUAGGUUUGGGGGUCUUAGCAAAUUAAGUGCAAUCAGUUAUUAUGAGCCUUAUAUUCUUUGAUAUUUAUUACAUAUUACAAUGUUAAGGUACCCCAGACGACUCAGUCGAAUGCAGUAUAGAAACAAACCAGCAAUAAUCACAUUGUUUAUAUGUACAUGUGAAAGAAAGGUAUACUAUGACAGAAAACUAACUUUUAAAAGAAGUCACAUACAAAAGAUGCUUAUGCAAAGGAUACCAAUGACCAUUUCCACUGUUCUGAAAAAAAAAAAAAGAAGAAGAAGAAAAGAAGUCAUGUUGUAUGUAUUUACUAUCACUAGAAAUUGUUUUAUUGUUUUUUUGUUUUUUUUGGGGGGGGGGGGGUUGCAUUUUAAUAUUUGUAAACAAAAUGUUGUGUGCUUUGUUUCAGAUUGUUUUAAAACAGUAAUAAAAGGUUGCUCUAAGGAGCAACAGGCUCUUAAUGAACCUCUGCUUCAGGGAUUGAGAGAUGUAAAACUGAAUGAAAGCUUUAUUUAGAGGGGAAUAAGAAAUGUAAUAAUUCUAGGAGUGAGUGUGCAUGUGUCUUUACCAUUUCAGUUCUAUUAUUUCUACUAUUCUGGGUUCAAUAAUGAAUUAUAUUAAAUAAAACUGAGUUGUCCAGCA